AUUAAUUACUGAAUUAAUAUUGUGGUGGUUUUAUAGAGAAGAGAUAAUAUGGGUUUAUGUGGUAAGUUGGUAGCCCAAAUAGAGAUCAAGUCUGGUGGUGAUGUGUUUCAUGAACUCUUCAGAAACACACCACAUGACAUACCAAACAUCAGUCCUGGUUGUAUACAGGGUUGUGGUUUGCAUCAAGGUGAUUGGGGCACUGUAGGCUCUAUCUACCUCUGGAAUUAUAUCCAUGAUGGGAAAGCAUGUGUUGCGAAAGAGCUCAUCGAAUCCAUAGAUGAGGAAAAGAAGUCCAUCACUUUCAAGGUCGUUGAAGGAGAUCUCCUGAAGCUUUACAAGAACUUCUCUGUAACGUUUCAUGUUGAUACAAAGGGUGAAAACAACUUGGUGACAUGGACCUUUGAAUAUGAGAAGCUGAGUGACAAUGUCCCAUAUCCAACCACAUUGAUGGACGUCUGCAUUGCUCUCACCAAAGACAUUGAAACUCAUCACCUCAAGAAGAAAUAGGCAAAAAGUCCUAUCUAUAUAUAUAUAUGUCAUUGUGGUCCCAAAUAUAUUUAUGUAUAAUAAAAGUUUGGGAGUUCCUCUUAUGAAUUAUAUGUAUGUGCUAUUAAUAAAUAGUGUGCGAGGGUGUGGAGAAACUAGUACCUGCAAGAAUGUCUUGCAUAUGGGUGGUGCUUGUGUAUGAAAGUGUGUAUCUGCUAAUAAAUUGUGUGUACGUUUAUGGUUUAAUGUAUAAUUACUUG